ACUUUCUUUAUAGUAAUUGUUUGUAUUUAAGAAAUUAUUCUCCUUUUCUUCUGUUUCAACGGGCGAGGUUUUUGCGAAUAAAGCAAAGCUUUUAAUUUAUUUUUUUGGUCUUUUAAUUCGUGUUUUGUGUGAAAUUUUUUUUGUAUUUUUUUAUAAAGUUUUUGUAUUUUUUUUUCAUUUAUUAUUCGAUGAGCUACAGUCUGAUUCCCGCCAGUUUGUUAGAAUCAGAGAGAUGCUUGUAGAAGAAAGAGGAUAUGGAUGAGGUGAAGUUCGAGGAGUGCUGCCUUGAGAAUAAGCAAUCAACAGCUGCUUCGAGCUCAUCUUUAUCGGAAGGUAGUGGCAGUGCUAUUGUUAAAUCUCCUGCAGUAUCGAGCCCGGCAACAGCUUCACCGACUCAUAGGAGGACAACGGGGCCAAUAAGGCGAGCAAAAGGUGGCUGGACUCCAGAGGAGGAUGAGACAUUAAGAAAUGCUGUUGCUGCUUUUAAGGGAAAGAGUUGGAAGAAAAUAGCUGAGUUUUUCCCGGACAGAUCAGAAGUUCAAUGCCUGCAUCGAUGGCAGAAGGUUCUUAAUCCUGAUCUUGUUAAAGGACCUUGGACCCAAGAGGAGGAUGAUAAAAUUACAGAGUUGGUGGAAAAAUAUGGACCCACAAAAUGGUCUGUCAUAGCAAAGUCUUUGCCCGGUCGUAUAGGGAAACAAUGUCGAGAAAGGUGGCACAAUCAUUUGAAUCCUGAUAUAAAAAAGGACGCUUGGACAUUAGAGGAGGAAAUGGAACUCAUGAAUUGCCAUCGCGUACAUGGGAACAAAUGGGCUGAAAUUGCUAAAGUUCUGCCUGGAAGGACCGAUAAUUCUAUUAAGAAUCAUUGGAAUAGUUCCUUGAAGAAAAAAUUAGAUUUCUACUUGGCUACAGGAAGACUUCCUCCAGUUAUAAAGAGUGAUGUUUUUUCUUCACGGAAAUUGCCAUUAGUCGUGAACAAUGGUAACCAAAUCGGAAACGAAGAUAUGAAUAUACUUUCCGUCUUCAACAUAAACAAAGAAUCUGAUUCGAUGGCACAAACUUCAUCAGGAACUACUGAUGCUUGUAAGCUAGAAGAAGAUGGUAAGGAUCGGUUAGAGUCAUCAGCUCUGGUGCGAGAUAUGGCAACUUCAUCAAGUGCUCUUCCAAACGAGUCCACUGAUUCUGAAGGUGUAGAAUAUAAAUCUAAGUCAUGUAAUGCAGAUCUUAGUUGCUGUGACUCAGAGUCGCUAAAAAAAUGCAAAAGUAAUGGGAUCAACUAUGGAAUUGGUAAAGACACAGCUGCUGGGUCUCGAUUGCACUUUGGAAUAUCAACUUAUGGUUCUUUGUAUUAUGAGCCACCAAAAUUUGAAACUUGUACCACCAUAGAUUUGGAUCCUUCUGUUAGCCGUCAUGUCCAGCAUGAGCAUCAUUCUACCCCUAUUGCUUCUCCUAUUAGUUUCUUCACUCCACCUUGUGUGAGGAGUAAUAGCUUAAGUUCCCAAAGCCCUGAAUCUAUACUGAGAAUUGCUGCCAAGAGCUUUCCCAACAUUCCAUCCAUAUUUAGAAAAAGAAAAACGGGGAGUGACAUACAUCUGCUUCAAAGUAAAAGUGGAAAAGUAUGUCAGGGAUCUGCCGAGGGAAGGCUACAGGUGCCUAGUGAUUGCGGAAGAGCUAAAGAUACUCAUGAGAAGACAGAGUCUCAAAACGGAAGUCUUCAUCACAGUCCUCUAGUACCAGAUAUUAGCACCAUUGGGCCUGAUGGAAAAGCUUUUAACGCAUCUCCUCCAUACAGGUUGAAAUCCAAAAGAACUGCUGUUUUUAAGUCUGUAGAGCGACAACUGGAGUUCACUUUUGACAAGGACAGAUGUGAUGGUGCCAAAUCUGUGGGAUUAUCUGCAAAUGGAAGUUCACUUGUCACUGACGAUUGUUCUCAUGCUGCAAAGUUGGGAGUGACCUAACCAAAACCUGGAUGCAGAAUGCUCAUACACUUGGAGUUGGCUAACAAAAUCCUCUUCAUGGAAAUUGAACUUUGAAUAUUGUGAAGCAGUUUGAUCGUGACAUUUUACUUCAAUACCACUCGGAUCAAUCAUCUUGCAAAUGUGUGCACUCCAUCCUUUUCCUGUAUAUUUUGGAAUUCUUUCGACUCUUAUUUCUUCUUCAAAUGUCUUUUUUUCUUACAUAUUACAUAGAUAGACGAUAGUUAUGAUGAGCAAAAGAAAGAAUUAGGUGUCUGGUAUGUGCAGAAAUAAGAGAUGAUAGGUUUCAAUUAGUUCCAAGUGUAACACCAUUGUAUUGUAUAGACUCCACUUUUACGAUUACUCGAAAGAAUGCUAAAGUGGCUUCUUAUUUUGUGUUCACAGCCUUAUUGAUUUUCUAUGACAUUUAACUUGCUCGA